CAUAUUUUUAUGCGAAGAACUUCCGCAUUUACAUAAUAUGCUGCAAGUCAGAGGAUAAAAUCAUAUCAAAGAUCUCUUGAUACUGCGUUCGCGGUGGACCCGAAGUUUGAACAAACUGUACGUUUCAUUGGUCGUGAUCGUCUUUGUAAUGUAACUUGCGUAGGAUAAUAGUUGUAAUGUUGUAAUGACUGGAUGAGUCGUUCAGUCGUUCAGUGAUCGAGGUGAUCGAGCGAUCAUGCGGUGACACCUGAAUUGUCAAGUUGUGUACGCAUGUAUCGCGUAGGUGUCUCGACUUUUCUCCCGUAUUAAUAAUUCCGAUUGCAACAGACGAUUAAUUAAGUCGCAGUCCCGCGGUAUACCGUUCGUACAGUUUCCGCGAUGGAAACGAUCAAUGGUAAAUUUGACGCAACUGACAUAUGCGAACGUUGAAGAUGAAUCGCGCAAACCAGUGAAAUGUUUAUGCUCACGAUUGAUGUAUGUACCAGGGAAAUAAGUUGAAGGAUGAAAUCAUUCUACUCGACGAGUUCACGUAAUUUAAACUCGUCAUAGCGAAAGGCUCAGGUCGAGAAUAAUCGUUGAUCAAUAAUGAAUAAGACUCACAUGGACAGAAGACUGAAUCAAUUGCCAACUUGGCUGUGGACUAAUUCCACCACUUUACCGCCGAUCUAUAAGAUGGUAUGGGAGGCAGUCAGGGAGGAUAAGGUCAGAACAAACGGAAUGCAGACCGAACUGUUAGUCGACACCAACAAGGUUUUCCCUUUGUUGCUCACUAGUCAGCUACCCACCGAAGUCCUCGGGCAUAUAUGGAACUUGGCGAAUCAAAAAUACGCUGGCCAGUUGACCGAACAGGAAUUGUACAUCGUCCUAGCUCUCGUCGCAGCUGCACAAGCUUCUUACACGUUCAACAGUCUAGACAUAUUACAUCUGCUUCCGUUCCCACCUACUCCGUACUUGAACAUCGAAUGUUUGAUGAAUCUGCAACCGGUUACCCAGUCGAAUUCGACGGCCAAAUUUCAAAAUGUUCAGGACAGCGAUGAGAUCGGGUUUAUCGAUUCGGACGGAAGAAAUCCCUCGGAAACGAAGGGAAAGACGAAACUGCAUCAACAAGGAGUUAUAUCCUCGGAUUUACAUGCACAAAUGAUAAACAAUGUACCUGGGAAAGUUUCAUGUUUCGAUAAUAAGUCUUGCGUUUCUCCUGCUUCAAUAUGGGAUUCCAAUAACGUAGCAAAAGAUGCGAAACAAAUAUCUAAACAAGCAGACCCAUGCGACGAUUUUUCCGAGUUUCAAAGUGCUCCGGUUACUAAUGUCCCGAGUGUUCCGAUUUGGGACACGAAACAAGGCUCGGCCAUUGGAAGCAGACUCGCGAAUCACAACUUAGGGAUUAAGAAACCGACGGAAAAGGCGAAAAAGAACAAUAUAAAUGCUAAAUCCAAUCAUGGCACUACCCAGGCAAUCGCGACACAGGUGUCUAUGACCGCGAUGUCUCAGAGCAGAGAUCAACCGACGCUCGACUGUUUGACGGAUCAGCUGUUUCCUAAGUGUACAUUGAAGAAUCAGUCUAAGACGGUAAUCCUUAAGGACACGGUGAUAAGGAAUGACGAUCCACCCAAGGACCAGGGCGAAAAUGUAAAGAAUUAUACAGAUACGGAAAUUGUAGAUUUACCUAACGACAAAGAUGCCUCGAACAAGUUAGAAUGGAUGGACAUGGCACCGGCAACGACAUCAGCAAUUAGCCACCAGGAUCUAAUGAAUCUCCAGCUCGUCGAAGAUAAAUAUAGUGCCUUGCGUGCAUUGGUUCAAGAAGCGACUGGGUCUACUGAACCAGAUACAAACGCAAGUUACACCAGUCAAUCGGCUGAUGAAUUUGGAGAAUUCGUGUCUGCGGAACAGCCUGCUACUAAUGCUCCUGCCACGAACGCUUUAGACACUGAUGGCCUUGCCGAUAUUUUUACAGAUUUUGAGUUUAAACCCACUAACAAUAAUAACGCGAGUACAGCAGAUUUCAAUCUGAUGUCAGACAUCUCUGAAUCAUUUGAUAAUCUUAAGCUUGAGAAUAACGUAGGAGAACGCCCCUUAGAAAUAGGGAAAGCUAUUCAAAAGGAAGAUGCCAUAUCAAUUAAUAGUAUAGAAUUCGCGAAUGGUGCGUCGAAUGCGUUAACUCGAUCAGGAUCUGUGCCUAGUUUAGAUCUUAAGUCUUUCUUACCAUCGAACAUGGAAGAUGAACAGACAGUAGACACUGCUCCCCAGUCUGAAUAUUGGGAGUGGAAGCAAUACAUGGAGAGUUGCGUAUUAUUAUUGCAAGUAGCUGCAAAUAUAUUUACGAACAUCAGUUCGGAGCUUGCACUACACGAAGUCUUAAAUUCAGCACAGGGAUACAAUUUUCUUUGCAAUUUAGCCGAAGUCGCAGCUGUUUGUAGACGCGUUAAUUUUUCGUACAAAGAGAUGGAUAUAAAUAUAAUUGGUUUCGACGAACUGUUGAUGGACAUCGACCGGAUUUGGGCAGAAAUGGAACCGUUUUAUGCGAACAUACCGAUAGUUACGGAGCUUCCAGCUUGGCCUUUGCAUCAAGGGGAAGCGACUUGUUGUUCACUUUGUUUAACGGUAAUUACUAGCGGCAGGAUAGUAUAUAAUGAGAACAAUUAUCACGUUACUUGUGCGAACCUAUGGCUUAAUUGCGUAAACAGUCAUUUGCCCGUGAUGCGUCAUCCGUCUUUCUGUUCGCACUCGAACGCAUGUCCAGGUAACAAUCAUAUUUGACGUUGAUCUGCGUGAAAACCCGAGUCGCGUUCGUCAAUUUUUUAUCGUUAACAUUGUUAAUGAAGGUUCGUAGGGAAUCAGAAGACGAACUAUGCAUUUAACUAUAACGAUUAAAGAAUCAAACAUUUUUAGUAUUUAUCACGAGACGAGCAGCAAGCGAAAAUGUAUUUCAUAGAAGUUGUACAUACUCUUUAAAGUCGAACAUUUUCAAAAUCUUAUCAGCUAGUCCGUUUAAGAAAAAAUAACGAUCUGUACAGAGACGAAGAACACUAGAGGAAACUGCUGAUGUGAUACAAUCUUAAUAAAUUAGGGUGAAAGUAAUGAA